AUGGCGCAGAACACAAACUCGAUCGCCUUUCCAGCGCCGGCGCUAUCUGACUCUUCAGCGCCGCGCUCUUCGCCCUCAUCGAUUGCGCCCUUGCCUCCCCUCCAACACAAUACUGUCAGCCAGCUCAGCGUCGAUAGAAUCGAUCAGGACCCCACACCCAACUCGUCUCAUCUCACACUCCAUGCCACCAUACAUCCUCGUUCCAGCAGCCUCAUACGCUCAUCACCAUCAAGCUUGCAUUCCAUAAGCAGCGACAGCGACGACGACGACGACGCAAAGACAACCGUUCACAUCGACCACAACAAAAAUACAGACGCCGCCAACAUGGACAGCAAGCAUUCCUCCUCAGAGCUGUUGCCCAAACAGCACAGCUUCGACACGCACCACCUCGCUACCCUCUCUUACAGCGUCGAUCUCGGCUCUUCCCAAUCUUCCACCCAAACUCGCUAUGUCAACCUGGGCAUGUCUCGUCCUCUUUCCUUCCAUCCAAAUGAUCAGAAAGUCAAUCCACGCGGCAUUCGUGAUCCCUUUCCACUCCCAGCUUCCCUCGUCGGCUCGGCUACCAGCAUGAAUGGCUCCACCACUGCCAUCAAUGAGGCGCCUAACUUCUUUGCCAAUCCUUAUUCUUGGGACACCAUGGAUGGAAAAGAGGAACCCGACGAUGACCUCCAUGAUCCGAACAUCCAGCCAGAUGAACGCCAUGGUUGGUUCGGCAGCACAGUGGGCAAAAGAGGUGUGCUCAACAUCGGUGUUCUCGCCCUCCUGACGUUCAGCUUGCUGGCUCUUUUCGGCGGAUACCCGAUCAUCUCUUACUUUUACCGACACCAUGAAAGUACCAAGGGAGGCUACAACCUCGGCGGUGUAAACGCAUCCGGUCAGAUUGCAAGCAUCCCUGGUCUUAGAUCUGCUCUAAUCGACCCUGACACUCCCCGAGACGCUUACACCAGGAUCAGCCCGGAUGGAACCAAAGAUAUGAAACUUGUCUUCUCCGACGAGUUCAACGUCGAAGGUCGUUCCUUCUACCCCGGCGACGACCCAUUCUGGGAGGCGUCCGACUUGCACUACUGGGCCACUAACAACUACGAAUGGUACUCGCCCGAAGCCGUCACCACUGCCAACGGCAAGCUCCGCAUCACGCUGGACGAAGUGGAAACCAACAACCUCAACUUCCGUAGUGGAUUUCUAAGCUCCUGGAACAAGUUCUGUUUCACUGGUGGAUAUCUGAUUGCCAGUGUACAGCUUCCCGGUGCGCCUCGUGUUGCUGGAAUGUGGCCAGCCUUCUGGACUAUGGGCAAUCUUGGACGAGCGGGUUACGGAGCGACCACAGACGGAACCUGGCCAUAUUCCUACAAUGCAUGUGAUGUCGGCACGCUUAUGAAUCAGACCGAUGCCAACGGCAACCCCGCUGCAGCUGCUAUCGGUGGUGAUGUCAUGUGGAAUCGCAAAGCCGAGUCGACUGCACUCUCCUUCUUGCCUGGUCAGCGCCUGUCGGCUUGCACCUGCCCAGGUGAGGAGGACCACCCAGGUCCACAGCUCAAGGAUGGAACCUUCCGCGGACGCAGUGCUCCCGAGAUCGACGUCUUCGAAGCACAGGUCGACAGCAACCUUGGUCUCACCGUCUCACAAUCCAUGCAGACCGCUCCUUUCAACAUGUACUACAACAUCACCAACACCACCGGUCCCGCCUACGAAUUCUUCCAGCCCAACUCCCAUCUCAACUCGUACAAUGGCCAGAACGACCAACAGGCUCUCAGUGGUAUUACAGUUGCUUCCCAGCUUGCUGUGCAGAGGGGAGGUGACGAUAGCUUCGCCCAGUAUGGCUUCGAGUAUGUCCCUGGAUUGCAGGGCUACAUUGACUGGAUCUCGGACAACAAGCGCGCGUGGAAGGUCAAUGCAGCUGCACUGGCUGCUGACCCCGUAUCCAUGAUCAGCGAUCGACCCAUCCCAGAAGAGCCAAUGUACAUCAUCUUCAACCUCGGCAUCAGUCAGAACUUUGGCACCCCCGACUGGCCUCGUCUCCGCUUCCCCGCUGUGAUGCAGGUCGAUUGGGUUCGCGUCUACCAAGACCCUGACGCCGAGAACGUAGGCUGCUCACCUCCAGACUUCCCGACCGCAGACUAUAUUGAGCGCCACAAAGCCGCAUACUACAACGCAAACUACACUGUCUGGGGCGGAACACCGGAGCAGGGCGGCUACGGAGGUGUUUGGCCGAGGAACAAGCUCUAUCCAGACGGUUGCUCGGCGCCGACACGCACCCAGCCAGGUUCGCUUGUCAAGCCUUACCCACAGGCUCCUGCCGUUCCUUCCAGCCAGAUUGCUGUUGGCCAGAACUAG